UAUAUGACGGGCGCUAUAUUCGGCGCGCUAGGGAUUACUGGUACGUGCAGGGCGCAGCGCUACUGGUGCCUGGCAGUUCCGGGUGUGUUCGCUUGGCGGCAGCACUGAGCGGCAGGUGGAAAGGGGUGGGGGAGAGCCGGCGUGACGUCAGUGGUGUCACGUUGCUCGCACUUGCCGGCUAGGGAUACAGCUGCAGAUUCGGAAGCGGCAUCGUCAGUGAGAGAGGAGAGAAGCGGCGGAGAGGAGGCUGCGGCCACAUACAGCGUUAUACGCACCGCUGCUACCCGCACAUAGGAUUACUCAUAUACAUUUUAUACAGACACUGCGGCCAUGCCUGCCCCCCAGCCUGCCGGUUACUAGGAGCACACACACGGGACGUAGGGGGAAUCGGUGACCGAUCGUAUCUGAGAGCUGCCGGAACUUGUGCGACUAUGCCUAUGGAGCUUAUGCAGAACAGGACCAAGAAGAUCUGGCUGCCCCUGGAUGGGAUUCCGGUGCUCCCCAUCCAUGUUGGUGGACCCCGUCUUGCUAACUCCCCAACUGUGAUAGUAAUGGUUGGAUUGCCUGCUCGGGGGAAGACUUACAUUUCAAAGAAACUGACUCGUUACCUCAACUGGAGUGGAGUCCCUACAAAAGUGUUCAAUGUUGGGGAGUAUAGACGUGAAGCCGUGAAGGACUUUAGUUCGUACGACUUCUUCCGCUCAGACAAUCAGGAAGCCAUGAAAGUCAGAAGACAAUGUGCCUUAGUUGCAUUAGCAGAUGUGAAGUCCUACCUAACUGAGGAAGGUGGUCAGAUUGCUGUAUUUGAUGCUACGAACACAACCAGAGACAGAAGGUCAUUGAUAGUCGAUUAUGCCAAAGAGAAUGACUUUAAGGUGUUCUUUAUUGAAUCUGUGUGCGAUGAUCCAUCGGUUGUUGCUAGCAACGUUUUGGAAGUUAAAUUGACCAGCCCAGACUACAAAGGCUGUUCAUCAAAGGAAGCACUGGAUGACUUCAUGAAAAGAAUAAACUGCUACAAGAAUAUGUACGAGCCUCUUGAUCCAGAUGACCAUGACAGAGAGCUCUCCAUGAUUACUGUUGUUGAUGUUGGUCGAAGAUUUUUGGUCAACAAAGUUCAGGAUCACAUCCAAAGCAAGAUCGUAUAUUACUUGAUGAACAUUCACGUCCAGCCCCGUUGUAUUUACUUAUGCAGAGCGGGUGAAAGCGAGAGUAAUGUCAAGGGGAAAAUUGGGGGAGAUUCUGGUUUGUCACAGCGAGGAAAGAAGUUUUCCAUUGCACUGAAGAAAUAUAUUGAUGAACAGAACCUAAAGGAGUUGAAAGUCUGGACCAGCCAGCUGAAGAGAACCAUCCAAACUGCAGAAGCACUUAAAGUGCCAUAUGAGCAGUGGAAGGCUUUAAAUGAACUUGAUGCUGGUGUCUGUGAGGAUAAGACGUAUGAGGAAAUUAAAGAGCAGUUUCCUGAUGAAUAUGCACUGCGUGCUCAGGAUAAAUAUUAUUAUCGCUACCCAUCAGGAGAGUCCUACCAAGAUCUAGUGCAGCGCCUGGAACCUGUCAUCAUGGAGCUGGAGAGGCAGGGAAAUGUCCUGGUCAUCUGUCAUCAGGCUAUAAUGAGAUGCCUCCUGUCUUACUUUCUGGAUAAAUCUGCAGAUGAAAUGCCCUAUCUCAAGUGUCCUCUGCACACCAUGCUUAAACUGACACCGUAUGCGUAUGGAUGCCACGUGGAGACCGUCUCUUUCAGUGUGGAUGCAGUGAACACUCAUAUGGACAGAACAGAGGAGAGCCGGAAAGGACCAACCCCACUGAUGAGACGCAAUAGCGUCACCCCUCUUGCCAGUCCUGAACCAAGUAAGAAGGCUCGAAUCAAUAGCUUUGAGGAUCUAGGGGCUGCCCUGUCUGGAUGUGCGACUCAAGAGCCACACACUGUGCAAGUUGCACAGUCUAUGCUAGGAAAGACUUGCCUUGCAUGAGUGGACUCGAGCUACACUGACGGUUCUUAUAAGGCGUCAUUAUGAGCAAGUCAGCAUCUGUUCCCUGCCGUUGCAUUCCACAUUUCAUGACUAGUUUUGCUUGCAAACUCAUUAUACUUGGACUCCAAAGAUGAGCCUUCAGCUACUUCUGUCUGAACAAAUUUAAUCAAACUGGAAAAGUGGAUCAACACCAAAGGGGUUGUUUGUUUUUCUAUAUUUUUAUUUUUAAACUAGGAAUUGAACAAUAAACCUCCGGGUCAUUUCAACAGCAGAGCGCACAGCUGGGACUGCUUGUAUGCCAUCAAAUUGUUCAUUAUACAUAUACUUCUUUUUUUGUUUUUAAUAUUUUUGAUUUUCGUAGAUAUAGGACAUUUGAUUUUAUACUUAUACUCUUUUCAGAAGUAUUACUAGAACAACAACACACAUACACACACCCUUAAAAAUAAUUAGGAUUUGGAGAAUAAUGCUUUACCUUCCACUGUUCCCCGUAGGUGGUCUUCUGUUGCUUGCACAGCCUGUACGCUGCUAAAUUCUGCAACUGUUCUAAGAUCUUGGGGUAAAUUUACAAAGUGGCGCCAUUCAAAUCCACCGUCUUUCUUGGUUGGCCCCAGCUGAUUUUACAUGGAUGAUAAUAUUAAAUACAAAACAUGCCUGGUUUAGUAAUUAAUAAUUCCCUAUUAAAUCCUGUGACUGAAACAGCCAAAGAAGCUGCAACUUUGAAAAGCUCCACCUAGUAAUCUUACCCCUUGAGUAACAAUCUGCAUUCUUGUCUCAGCAGGUUAAUGUCACAUUUGCACUGUGGUCUGUGAUGCAGCUACAGUUUUGUCUCUACUUUUCUAUUUUAGAAAGGUGAAAAUGAAUAGAAUUAUUUUUUUUCUACAUUUGGGUUUCGUGCUUUCCUCUGGUUUACCAUCAUUUUGUUACUAUUUUAAAAUGUAGAAAUAUUUAUUACAAUUAUUUUGAUAUUGCAAACUUUUUACAUUUUACUUUAAAGGCUAGUUACCCACUGGCAUCGUGUCAAAGGCCUGUGACUUCACCUGUCAGCGUUUGGCAUGAGGAGGUAGCAAGCCCUUGUUAGUGGGGGUGGGCUUUGGAGGACAUAAAUAUACAAAAAUAAGUGCAGCUUCCAAAAAGCCAAUGUUGUAUGCAAAUGAGUGGGUAUGAUUGGGGUUAUUGGAACUCGUGGGUCCUAGUCCCAAACCAGUUACAAAUAAGCUAGUAAAAGCAUGUACUUUGUUGCCAAUAAGGGCCCUUAAUUUUGCAGGGAAUCUGUCUUGAAAGCUGUAUCCCAGGUUCACAACUUCAGUGUGCUGAUAUAUUCAUACCACAUAUAUUUUGUCUCUGAAUGCCACAAUGUGAAUAUUGCAUUACUGUGUGCUGAAACCAGAACACUCUCCUGUUGAUCUCUCCAGAAGCUGCUAUUAGAAUAAUAUUUUCUCCGCUGAUUUCUGUUGUCUGGAUCUGCCUCCGCUUCUAUAUCCUUGUCCUAUCUCCUUGUGCACACAGAUACACUUUAUGGUUAGGGAUUGACCAUGUCAUUGAGCUUUUUUGUUUUUUACCCUGAGUUUCAAAGUGACACAAAUAUUUGGGGUGGGGAGAUGAUUAUAUAUAUUUUUAUGGUUUCACUUUAUCUCAAAGAUGCAUACUUGCACUUUAAUACAAUUGUUGGGAGAGGUGGAGCUCAAGUCUUGAAAAUGGGAGAUGGUGGGAGAAUGUGUUUUAUAUAGAAGACCAGUUAUGCCUGACGCCUGGAUACACAGCAGCUAUGUGGUUUCUCGGACGCUGAUUGGAUUCCCAAACAAAUUGACCUCAAUUUGCUGCUGCUCUAGGACUGAUCAGGCUGCACAGCAGGAUUACAUGAUUAUCCCAUAGCACGCUGUGGGUUUGUGGUACCAAUAGCCACAAUCAACUGUUGCAGACCUGGAAGACUGUUUGAUUGUACUUUUUUUUUUUUACAUUUUUAUGUGUGAUUGUAUUUGGAAAAAAUGUGUUGUGGGAACAGUUUGGUUCACUUUGUAAUACUUUUUGAGUUCAUUUGAUUAUUAUCCAGAAAUACAAAGCAACAAAUUAGUCACUUUAGAACUUUACUAGAGGCCAGUGGAUAUUGUAUGUGUGCUUUUGGAAUCUGUAAAAUGUUUCAUUGUUACUAAACUUUUGCACUAACUAUCAUACUCCUAGUGCUAGCUGUAUAUACGUAUGUAUGUGUAGGCCUGCCAUAAUAUCCCUUUAAUUCGGGACACCUGUGAUUACACAGGUUCUAAAUUCAAGCCUGUAUGUCACCUGAUUUGAAUUCACCACAGAACCUGUGUAGAUCAUAGGUGUCCCGAAUUAGAGAUAUUAUGGCAAGUCUAUGUUUGUGGUACACACAAUCUAGUCCUCUUUGGGUCCAAAGCAUUUUCAAGUACUCCCAGUGGGUGUGGCGUGCACCUUUUUCAGUUAUAUUUAUAUGCACUGGAUCCAAUGUUUUAAAAACUGUCAACUAAAAUGGUUUAUUUAUCAGAGUAUCUAAAGAUGAGCAUAUACUAUACAAUUAUUUGCCAGAUCUGGCUGGUUGGAAUGAGAAUCUGGUAGUGGAUGAGAGCAAAUGGCAAUGGACUAUUUGCUCUCAAACAUUGGAAAAUAGCUAAAAACUGUAGUUCAUGAAAAUUGGUUAGUGUAUGCCCAGGUUAAGGUUUAUGGUAAAAUCGGUUUUGGUUAUUGUGCUACUUCUGGGUGCUUUGUUAAUUUUUAUUUUGUGUAUGUUUAGUUGGUCUAUUUGGAAAGGCGUAAUAUUGCACCUUUCUUUCAUUAUUGAUUGAUUACUGAUUUAAACAGAAACAAGACAGAAGACCAAAAAAUUUUUUUUUUGUAAGACUAGAAAUGUUAAACUUUUUUUCUUUUUAAACAUUUUAGGUGUGCUAUUUAUUUAUUUAAUGUUGUAUGCUCGGCAUGUUAUUUCCAUUACAUUUGUGACUUGUACGUAUGUUUUUUUUUUAUGUGUAUAUUCGUCUGGUAUAAUUGCCUAAGAUAAAAGCUUACAUCAGUUAAAUCGGGACAUGCCUUUCAGAGACUUGUAUAUUUUGCAGUUGCUGGACCAAUAAAAUAAAAGUCUUGUAGAAUA